AUGGGCGGGCUAAAACCUACUCCUCUCGUUCUCUCUCUCUCCCUCUCUCCCUCUCUCUCUGUUUUCUUUCUUUUUUUUUCUUUCUUCAUCGGACGUGUCUUUUCGUCUUCUAAACUUUUUUCCCCUUCUUCUUAUAUUUUUUACUUUUUUAAUUUUUUUUUAUUGUUUUUAUCUAUCUAUCUAUCUAUCUAUCUAUCUAUCUAUAUAUUUAUUAUCUAUCUAUAUAGCUAUCUAACCUUAUUAAUCAGACUGAAAAUUAAAUAUGCAUCUAUCUAUCUAUCUAUCUAUAUUUUCUUUUCUUUUCUCUUCUGUUGCUUCCUUAAUCUUGCUUCUCUCUUUCACUUUCUCUCCCCCAUUCUUGGUCCUUUCUCUCUUUCUUUAUCUUCUCGUGUGGUUCUCUCUCUCUCUCUCUCUCUCUUUGUCUCACGUGAAUAUGUUCUUCUCUUAUCUCUUUCUCCUCCUCCUCUCUCUCUCUCUCUCUCUCUCUCUCUCUUUCAUCCCUUGCUCUUUUUCUGCAUAUCUCGUUUCCAUUUGUCUCAUUUUCUCCCUCUUUCUCUCUUUUCUUUCUUUCUUUCUUUCUUUCUUUUCCCUGUCUCUGUCUCUCCUUAUAUCACUUCCUUUCUUUUUCAUUUGACUCUCUUUCUCUCAUGUUCCUUUUUCUUUCUUUCUUUCUUUCUUUCUUUCUUUCUUUCUUUCUUUCUUUCUUUCUUUCUUUCUUUUCCCUGCCUCUUCUUAUAUCACUUCCUUUCUUUUUCAUUUGACUCUCUUUCUCUCCUCUUCCUUCUUUUUCUUUCUUUCUUUCUUUCUUUCUUUCUUUCUUUCUUUCUUUCUUUCUUUCUUUCUUUUCUAUUAAAUGUUUCUUUUAUACUCUCGUUCCUUUUUUAUGACGCUCUCUUUAUACCAGACACGCCCUAUAUUUAUUCUUAG